GCGUAUCCAAAGCAACUUCCUGUACAGACCGGAAGUGUAAGUGUGACAUCAGAGCGACGCUGAGGUCAGAUAUCCUCUCUUACAGCCAUCUUGGAUCCUGUGCCCCGAACUUUCCACAAUGCCAGGCGAAGCCACAGAAACUGUCCCUGUUACAGAGCAGGAGUUGCUCCAGCCUCAAGCAGAGACAGCCACACCUGCUGGUCCUCUACCUCCCGCUGCUGCUGCUGCCCCUGCUUCCUCUAAGGCAAAGUCUAAAGAGGGCAAGGCUAACCCCAAGCUGUCCACAUCUCCUCAUACCUCUGCCUCUAAACCUGUUCCUACUGGACGCAGGAAACGCUCCUCAUUAUCUGCCUCCUCAAGCUCCCCUAUCUCUCCCAAAUCUGCCUCUGGCCCUCAUGCAGCCACCCCAUGCUCCCCUCUGGCUUCACCUCCAGCUGACUCUCCUGCCAGUGGCAAAGCUGAGCAAAGUGCUCCCAAGGUUGUAAAAGCUGGCAAACAGGGGAAGCAACAAAAAGCAAAACAUUUUAAACCUGCCGAACAAGAAGUUACGCCCGUUUCCACUUUAAAGCCUGCUCAGGAAAAUAAAGCCCCCAAAGUUUCAUCUGAAGUUCCAAAAGUAGAAACCCCUGCGGUUUCAGAAUCCAAACUCUCUGCCCCCCCAAAAGCUGCUGCUAAACCUGAGUCUGCCCCAAAGUCAGCCCCACCCUCUUCUGUUAGUAAAGCAGAGGCAUUAAAAGAUAAGCCAACCCCUGCUGUCGUUUCCCCCCCAAAACCUGCUCCCCAGGUUGUCCCUGCAGCAGUAGAGGAUGAUGAUGAUCUUCCACCACUCAUACCACCUGAGAAUCCUGGUACAAUGCCUAUUUUUCCCCCCAUGCCACCUAGCACAUUCCCUGUAGUCACCCCAGGAGCUCCUGAAGCUAAAUCUGUCAGUAAAGGUGAGUCUACCCCUAAAGCUAAGGCUGCUUCUGCCCCUAAAGUUAAGCCUGUCCAGAAAGCAGCCCCUAAAGCCGAGGCCACCCCUGCUUCUAAAGCUGAGGCUGCUGCCCCUAAAGCUGAGGUUGCCCCUAAAGUUGAGGUUACCCAAAAAGCUGUCCCUAAAGCUGAGGUUGCCCAAAAAGCUAAAGCUGAGGCCGCCCCUGCCCCUAAAGCUGAGGCCGCCCCUGCCCCUAAAGCUGAGGCCGCCCCAGCCCCUAAAGCUGAGGUUGCCCAAAAAGCUAAAGCUGAGGCCGCCCCUGCCCCUAAAGCUGAAUUUGCCCAAAAAGCUGUCCCUAAAGCUGAGGCCGCCCCUGCCCCUAAAGCUGAGGUUGCCCAAAAAGCUGUCCCUAAAGCUGAGGCCGCCCCAGCCCCUAAAGCUGAGGUAGCCCAAAAAGCUGUCCCUAAAGCUGAGGCUGCCCCAGCCCCUAAAGCUGAGGUAGCCCAAAAAGCUGUCCCUAAAGCUGAGGCCGCCCCUGCCCCUAAAGCUGAGGUUGCCCAAAAAGCUGUCCCUAAAGCUGAGGCUGCCCCAGCCCCUAAAGCUGAGGUAGCCCAAAAAGCUGUCCCUAAAGCUGAGGCCGCCCCUGCCCCUAAAGCUGAGGUUGCCCAAAAAGCUGUCCCUAAAGCUGAGGCUGCCCCAGCCCCUAAAGCUGAGGUAGCCCAAAAAGCUGUCCCUAAAGCUGAGGCCGCCCCUGCCCCUAAAGCUGAGGUUGCCCAAAAAGCUGUCCCUAAAGCUGAGGCUGCUCCAAAAGCUAAAGCUGAGGUUGUCCAAAAAGCUAAAGCUGAAGCCGCCCCUGCCCCUAAAGCUGAGGUUGCACAAAAAGCUAAAGCUGAGGCAGCCCCUAAAGCUGAGGUUGCACAAAAAGCUAAAGCUGAGACUGCCACUAGAGCUGAGGUUGCACAAAAAGCUGAAGCUGCCCCUAAAGCUGAGUUUUCCCAAAAAGCUAAAGCUGAGGUUGCCCCUAAAGCUGAGGCUGCCCCCAAACCUGAAGCUGUCCCUAAAGCUGAGGCCACCCCUAAAGUUGAUGUUGCCCAAAAAGCUGAGGCCACCCCUAAACCUGUCGCUGCCCCCAAAGCUGAGGCUGCUGCCCCUAAAGACAAGUCUGCUCCUAAAACCAAGCCUGCCCCUAAAGCUGAGCCUGCUCCUAAGUUGGAGCCCACUCCUGGACCUAAAGCAGAGGCCACUCCUGCUGCUAAAGCUGAGGUUGCCCCUAAACCUGCCACUGCCCCAAAAACUGAGUCUACCCCUGCCCCAAAGGCAGAGGCUGCUGCCCCAAAAGCCGAACCUACAAUUGCUCAUAAAGUGGAAGAUGUCCCUGCCCCUAAAAUUGAAUCUGCCCCUGUUCCCCCACCAGUAAAAGCCCCAUCUGUGCUGGAGCCAGUCAUCAAGAACGACAAGGGGUCUGGCACUGAAUCUGACAGUGAUGAAUCUGUUCCUGACCUGGAGGAGCAGGACUCUGCACAGGCACAGACACAGCAGGCACAGCUUGCAGCAGCGGCUGAAAUCGACGAGGAACCUGUCAGCAAAGCAAAACAAAGCAGAAGCGAGAAGAAAGCCAGAAAGGCUAUGUCCAAAUUGGGUUUGAGACAAGUCGCUGGUGUUACCAGGGUCACCAUUCGCAAGUCCAAGAACAUUCUUUUCGUCAUCACUAAACCAGAUGUCUACAAAAGUCCAGCUUCAGAUACUUACAUCGUCUUUGGCGAGGCAAAGAUUGAAGACCUGUCCCAGCAAGCUCAGUUGGCUGCUGCAGAGAAGUUCAAGGUCCAAGGAGAAGCCGUUUCAAACAUCCAGGAAAACACACAGACGCCCACAGUACAGGAGGAGAGCGAAGAGGAAGAGGUUGACGAGACUGGUGUGGAGGUUAAGGACAUUGAGCUGGUCAUGUCGCAGGCCAACGUGUCCAGGGCAAAGGCUGUGCGUGCACUGAAGAAUAACAAUAACGACAUUGUCAAUGCUAUUAUGGAAUUGACGAUGUAGAAGGAGGCGAGGGACUGGGUCACGAUAAGAUGUUGCUGAUUUGAUCUGCAUUAUUGUUUGUACAAUUUAUAUCCAAGAGAAAUAAAGGUGUGGAUUGAUGAAAUGA